GCCCUAUUGACAGUUCCUUGAGUACAUCACAUGUCAUUUUUACAAAUUUUACAUAAAUAUAUAUUGUAAAUUGUAAUUUGUAAUUGUAAUUAUUGUAUUGGAGCCAGUGCCAGUAAUUUAGUUUCAAGUUGAAAUGGAGUUAAGUGAAGAUUCUGUAAAACGAAAAGAAAAUGUUUUAAUAUGUGACAAAGAUGGAAAUUCUCUAGAGCAACAUGUUUAUGUAGAAAUUAAAUCAGAACUGGAAGAACCCAUGCUUGAAAGUAAUUACACAGAGAAUUCUUUAUCUGAUUCGUAUUGUUCAGACGAUAUUAAAGUAGAAGAACAUACCUUACAAUGUAGCCCGUUCCCCCUCAUUACUGAGCAAACAGUUAAGAAGGAAAUCAAAAAAGAAUCCAAUGAAACAGACUCUGACAAAGAUGUAAAUUUGCAGAUAGGAUCUUCAACUGAGAUAUGUCUUGAAAAACAUUAUGAAAAAAUUAUUAGAUGUAUGAAAACAUCGAAGCUGUUGUCCAACAUUGACAAACAAAGUUUACGUCAAAACGAGAUUAAAACGAAAUUCAAAAGAUGGGUGGUAACACACACUGAAGAAAAGCCUUAUAAGUGUGAAAUUUGUUCUAAGCAAUUUAGUCAAAAUGGAAAUUUGAAACGGCAUUUAACGAUACACACUGGUGAAAAACCUUACAAGUGUAAAAUUUGUUCUAAGCAAUUUACUCACGAUGCAACUUUGAAAAAUCAUUUAAGGAAACACACUGGAGAAAAGCCUUACACGUGUGAAAUUUGUUCUAAGCAUUUUAGUCAAGAUAAUCAUUUGAAAAAUCAUUUAAAAAUACACACUGAAGAAAAGCCUUACAAGUGUGAAAUUUGUUCUAAGCAAUUUACUCACGAUGCAACUUUGAAAAAUCAUUUAAGGAUACACACUGAUGAAAAACCUUACAAGUGUGAAAUUUGUUCUAAGCAAUUUAAUCAAGAUGCAACUUUGAAAAAUCAUUUAAGGAUACACACUGGAGAAAAGCCUUACAAGUGCGAAAUUUGUUCUAAGCAAUUUAGUCAAGAUGUAACUUUGAAAAAUCAUUUAAGGAUACACACAGGUGAAAAGCCUUACAAGUGUGAAAUUUGUUCUAAGCAAUUUAGUCAACAUAGAUAUUUGAAACAGCAUUUAAGGAUACACAGUGGUGAAAAGCCUUACAAGUGUGAAAUUUGUUCUAAGCGAUUUAGUCACGAUGCAACUUUGAAAAAUCAUUUAAGGAUACACACUGAUGAAAAACCUUACAAGUGUGAAAUUUGUUCUAAGCAAUUUAAUCAAGAUGCAACUUUGAAAAAUCAUUUAAGGAUACACACUGGAGAAAAGCCUUACAAGUGCGAAAUUUGUUCUAAGCAAUUUAGUCAAGAUGUAACUUUGAAAAAUCAUUUAAGGAUACACACUGGUGAAAAGCCUUACAAGUGUGAAAUUUGUUCUAAGCAAUUUAGUCAAUAUAGAUAUUUGAAAGAGCAUUUAAGGAUACACAGUGGUGAAAAGCCUUACAAGUGUGAAAUUUGUUGUAAGCGAUUUAGUCAAGAUGGACAUUUGAAAAAUCAUUUAAAAAUACACACUGAAGAAAAGCCUUACAGGUGCGAAAUUUGUUUUAAGCAAUUUAGUCAAAAUGGAACUUUAAAAAACCAUUUAAUAAUACACACUGGUGAAAAGCCUUACAGGUGUGAAAUUUGUUCUAAGCAAUUUGGUCAAUAUGGAUAUUUGAAACAACAUUUAAGGAUACACAGUGGUGAAAAGCCCUACAAGUGUGAAAUUUGUUCUAAGCGAUUUAGUCAAUAUGGAUAUUUGAAACAGCAUUUAAGGAUACACAGUGGUGAAAAGCCCUACAAGUGUGAAAUUUGUUCUAAGCAAUUUAAUCAAGAUGCAACUUUGAAAAAUCAUUUAAGGAUACACACUGGAGAAAAGCCUUACACGUGUGAAAUUUGUUCUAAGCAUUUUAGUCAAGAUAAUCAUUUGAAAAAUCAUUUAAAAAUACACACUGAAGAAAAGCCUUACAAGUGUGAAAUUUGUUCUAAGCAAUUUACUCACGAUGCAACUUUGAAAAAUCAUUUAAGGAUACACACUGGAGAAAAGCCUUACACGUGUGAAAUUUGUUCUAAGCAUUUUAGUCAAGAUAAUCAUUUGAAAAAUCAUUUAAAAAUACACACUGGAGAAAAGCCUUACAAGUGCGAAAUUUGUUCUAAGCAAUUUAGUCAAGAUGUAACUUUGAAAAAUCAUUUAAGGAUACACACUGGUGAAAAGCCCUACAAGUGUGAAAUUUGUUCUAAGCAAUUUAGUCAAUAUAGAUAUUUGAAAGAGCAUUUAAGGAUACACAGUGGUGAAAAGCCUUACAAGUGUGAAAUUUGUUCUAAGAAAUUUAUUCGAAAUGCAGAUUUGAAAAAGCAUUUAAGGAUACAUAGGGUGAAAAGAUGUUUAUGUCAGAACGAGAUUAAAACGAAAUCCAAAAGAAACAUUGAAGAAAAGCCUUAUAAGUGUGAAAUUUGUUCUAAGCAAUUUAGUCAAGCAGAUCAUUUAAAAGGACAUUUGAGAGUACACACUGGUGAAAAGCCUUACAAGUGUGAAAUUUGUUUUAAGCAAUUUAGUGAACAUGGAAAUUUGAAACAGCAUUUAAGGAUACACUCUGGUGAAAAACCUUACAAGUGUGAAAUUUGUUCUAAGCAAUUUAGUCAAGAUGCAACUCUGAAAAAUCAUUUAAGGAUACACACUGGUGAAAAGCCUUACAAGUGUGAAAUUUGUUCUAAGAAAUUUACUCACGAUACAACUUUGAAAAAUCAUUUAAGAAUACACACUGGAGAAAAGCCUUACAAGUGCGAAAUUUGUUUUAAGCAAUUUAGUCGAAAUCGAAUUUUAAAAAACCAUUUAAUAAUACACACUGCGGUCUCUAAAGGACUUUUUCGAUCCCGAACUUCAAAAAUUAUGGAAAUUACUUCUUUUUUCCCAAGUAAGAAUGAAUCUGAGAAGGAGGUCACAGAUGAGGAAAUCAACGAAGGUUGUCUGAUUCUGAAUCUAACUGCUCAUCGGUUCCACGAUCACUCUCCCCACAAACGUAUAGAUAAAGCUUUAGCUGAUAUCGAUGAGUUUUACACAUUGGAACCAUUAUUUGAAAAUACGUUUAAAUUCGAAAUGGAGUUGUUAAGUAAAGAUUCUAUAAAACGAAACCAAAAUGUUUUAAUAUCUGACAAAGAUGGUGAUUCUCUAACUCUAGAGAAAGAGAAACAUAAUGUACAAAUUAAACCAGAGCUGGAAGAAUGUAUACUUGAAAGUAAUGACACGGAGGAUUCUUUAUUAGACUCGUAUUGUUUAGACGAUGUUAAAAUAGAAGAACACAUGUUACAAUGUGAAAUAAGUAGCCCAUUCCCUAUCGUUAGCAAGCAAGAAGUUAAGACAGAAAUCAAAAGUGAACUAAAUGAAUAUAAUUUGGAAGUAAAUCAUGGCUGUGAAUCUCGAUUUAAAAGUAGGAAUACGAAAGAAUUAGACUCAGACAAAGAUGUAAAAUUACAGAUAGGAGCUUCAACUGAGAUGCAUCAUGGAGAACAUUGCAGAAGUAUGGAAACAUCAAAAUUACUUUCCAACAUUGGCAAACAAAGUUUACGUCAUAACGAGGUUAAAAUGAAAUCAGAAAGAACGUUGGUAAUUCACACUGGAGAAAAGCGUUAUAAAUGCGAAAUUUGUUCUAAGAAAUUUAGUCAAAAUGGAAAUUUAAAAAGUCAUUUAAGGUUACACACUGGAGAGAAGCCUUAUAAGUGUGAAAUUUGUUAUAAGCAGUUUAAUGAAGCAGGAUCUUUGAGAAAGCAUUUAAGGGUACAUACUGGGGAAAAACCUUAUAAGUGUGAAAUUUGUUUUAAACGAUUUAUUGAAGCAGGACAUUUGAAAAGACAUUUGAAAAUACACACUGGACAUAAGCCUUACAAGUGUGAAAUUUGUUCUAAGCAAUUUAUUCUACACGGGCAUUUAAAAACGCAUUUAAGGAUACACAGUGGGGAUAUGCCAUAUAAAUGUGAAAUUUGUUUUAAACAAUUUAGUCAAAAUGGAAAUUUAAAAAGUCAUUUAAGGAUACACACUGGAGAAAAGCCGUUCAAUUGCGAAAUUUGUUAUAAGCAGUUUAAUGAACCAGGAUCUUUGAAAAGGCAUUUAAGAAUACACACUGGAGAAAUGCCCUACAAGUGUGAAAUUUGUUCUAAGCAAUUUAGAAAUUAUGCAACUUUGAAAAACCAUUUACGGAUACACACUAGAGAAAAGCCUUACAAGUGCGAAUUUUGUGUUAAGAGGUUUACUCAAGCAGUUAGUUUGAAACAACAUUUGAGAAUACACACUGGAGAAAAGCCCUACAACUGUAAAAUUUGUUUUAAGCAAUUUAGUCAAAAUGGAACUUUGAAAAACCAUUUAAGGAUACACACUGGAGAAAAGCCUUAAAAGUCAGUGGCGACGCGUGACUUUUUCUAAAGUGUUACCAAAAUCAGAUGUAAAAAAAUCUUAUUAAAAAAAUUAUUUUGAACCUCCCAAAUAUAAGUUUUUGUUUUCAAUCCUAUGGGAUAAAAUUAAACAAAUCGCUAUUCCCAAAUUAUAUGUAAUUAUAUGUAAUAGACAUAACAAACAAACUAAAUAGAUUAUUCUACCAUAAAAUUAACAUAAAAAAAUGAACA